AGCAAAAACAGGAAUGGCGUCCACCGAUACGUCGUUACUUCAGACCGUUGAAGUUUUGAAACGUCCCGGUCAAUCUUUAGGUUUCUAUAUAAGAGAAGGAAACGGAUCUGAUCGUGCUGACGGCGUUUUUAUAUCACGGAUAGCUGCUGCAAGCGUGGUUGAGCAGAAUGGCCUAUUGCACGUUGGAGAUGAAAUUUUGACAGUUAAUUCUGUAACAGUGAAAAAAAUGAGUUUGGACGAUGUUGUGAUUUUAAUGUCUAUUCCGAAAAGAUUGGUCUUAAAUAUAAGAAGAAGACCGGCGUCUAAAAAUGCUAGUUGUCCGUCGCUAGCCGCCAUAGAACAACAACCAGUCUAUGUUCCCAGGAAUACGACGAGGUCCACCUCGGCUACUCAUCUACACGAAAAGAACAAUACUUAUAUGAACUUAUCUCCAUACGAAUUAAGGGAUAGUUACACUUCCGACUCGGAACUAGGAUAUCAAACACCCGCUUCCAGAAGGAGAAGAAGAACGAAUUACUCUUCAGAUAGUGAAAAGAAUUAUUCAGACGGUUCUCUUUUAUAUAGUACGGUUAGACAUUAUUCAAAACCUCAAAGGAAUGAUUAUACAUCGGAUUCAGAACUUGUUUACGGAGCUGAUACGGGGAAAGAUGGUGCCGCUGAAGAGGAUUGGGUGAGGAAAUUAGACCAUUUGCAAUCGGAACUGCAGGCCGUUCUGACGUCAUCUUCGAAUACUAUACCUGUGCAAACUACUGCAUCUAAAAGAAGUAGCAACUCUAAUGGAACAGAAGAGGAAACGUAUACAUCAGCGGAAUAUUGGAGUUGGGCUUCAUUGCGUCGGAAUUCCAAAUACAACAGCGUUCCAAAAAGAACGCCGCAACGGAAAUGGCCCAGCAGACCGGAAGGUGAAGGCCAAUGCAAAUCGCUCCAACUUGGUCGGAAACCAUUGAAAAUUCGUCUUGAAGAGUUCAACAUAAUCAAAUGCGACGAGGCUAGAAGAAAAUCAGUUGCUAAUAAUUCAGUUUACACGGGUUUAUUAAGUACCCAUCUAUUUAGCGCCCAUGGAUUAAAAUCUGCCAGAACUGUUCUUAGAGAUUUGUAUUGCGUUCUUCAAUUAGAUGGCGCUCAUGUCGCAAGAACAAUGAUUCGAACAGGGGCAAUAAAUUUCGAUUGGGAUGAGAAAUUCGACAUGGAGGCUGAUAAAUCAAGAAAUUUUUUUGUGCAUAUCUAUUCGUGGGAUCCAAGUACAAGACAUAGACUUUGUUUUACUGCUUCAUUACCCCUUCAUGCUCUCUUAACGGGAAGCAGUAAGGAUAUCCACAAAGUAGCGUUGCGUUUAGAACCUAAGGGGACAUUAUAUAUGCAAGUUCAGUUUACUGAUGCUUCCACACUCUUUCAAAGAACUUUACGGCAUACUAAUUUAUUCGGUAUGCCAAUUGAAAGUGUUCUAAGAAGGGAAGACACUCCGAUUCCUUAUGUAGUAUCAAAGUGUAUAGCUGAAGUAGAAAAGAGGGGCUUGGAACACGCUGGUAUUUAUCGACUCUGUGGGUCUGCUAUUAGAAAGUCUCAAUUAAAGGCUGAGUUCGAGAAAUGUUCCAAAACAGUUGAUUUAUCUCCACAAUCCGUUUCGGAUAUCAACGUUGUGACGGGGAUUUUAAAAGACUAUUUACGCCAUCUACCUGAACCCUUAUUUACAAAUGCCCUCUGUCGAAUGCUCUUGGAUGCUUUAAGCGUUCGCUUGCCAUCGGAUCCCGCCGGAAACGCUCAACUCAUGCUCUCAAUUUUAGAUUGCCUACCAAAAAGUAAUCAGUUGACAAUUAACCUAAUUCUUGAUCAUCUGCGACACGUGACCUCGAAAAGCGACAUAAACAAAAUGACGCCUGGUGCUCUGGCGUCAAUAUUCGGCCCUAUUUUAUUAUGUCCAUCACCUUCAACCGUCCCUGACGCAGCGUCUAAUUUAAGGCAGUACAGCCAAGUUCUAGAAUAUCUAUUACAAAUCUGGCCACAUGAGAAAUCGGCUUGCGUGACCAGGGAAAGUUCAGCAGAUUCAGUACGGCCAGCGCCAACUGGGGGUGAAGCAGAGACUUCCUCGGCCAAAUAAAAAGUUUUUUUCAGAUGUAAUUUUAUUUUUCUAUGGCAAAAAUUGUAAAUUCUAUGAAUAGUCGAUCAGAGAAGGAAUUUGAUUUCUUUAUACCCCAUUUUACCAAAAGGUUAGUUGUUCUGGUAAAAAGGGCUGUAAUGAACUUAUGAGAAAGAGAAAAAGGAAACCAAGAAGAAUACGCUACUUUGAAAAAGGAAUUCGCAAAUUAAGUAAGCAGAAAAAGAGAGAAAGAUUCUUAGAGAUUAUUCCAGCUUUAAGAAAAAAAAAAUGGUUUCACCGAUAAAAGAGAAACCAUCAAAAGUAAUAAUUUUCCCAAUCAUAUAUUAUUCAUAUUUUUUUUGUCUGCAAUUGUUUAUGGAUGACUGCAGAGGGUAGAAUAAAUAUAAACUGUAUAACAGAGCAUAUCCAGGCAACCUCCAAGAGGUUCUUUAUUAUUUUAUAGCUUAUAAGUGAUACUUAUCCUUUGUCCAACCACACGAUGGAUGACUUGUUGUUUGCUGUCUAAGUUUGCAUACUUCUUUGACAAAAUCUUCAGAGACUUGAAAGUCAUUUACAAGCAUAAUCUUCUCCCUACUUAAUAGCUUACUUAAUUUCAUUACAUAUGAUAUUUAUAUUUCUCUGUGUUUUACAGAGAAGAAAGAACUAAACAAAACUUAAAUCUUUUACAAGAGAAAGCUUCUCCGGUCGACUAACUUGAGAAUAAGCGCUUUUGUUUAUCGUCAUAGAAAUCAGCACCUUGUUGUGUUCUUAGACAAUCUUGUUGAUAUUAGAUAUUAACAAUAAAUUACCUCAACAGCCAAUAAAAAGUCUAUUAUUAUUUUUUAUACAUUAGUGUUAUUAUAUGUUAAAACUUUCUCCACAACCACACGUUCCUUUAAUAUUUGGGUUGUAGAACACAAAUUGCGAGCUGAGAGGCUCUUGAACAUAGUCCAUUUCAGUCCCUAAUAAAGAAAGCUGAGCUUUUCUAUCAAUUAAUAUGGUCACACCAUCUUGAUUAACUUGCUCGUCUAAUUUAGAUUUUUCCGUGAAGUAGUCCAAUGUGUAAGCUAAGCCAUUACAGCCUCUUGUUUUCACUCCAAUUUUUAGACCUUGUGAAUUUGGCUUUAACUUCAGCAGAGUUUUUACUUGAGAUACGGCGGCUUCUGUCUAUAAAUAUUUAAAAUAAGCAAUGAAUAAUGUAACACAAUAAACCUAAAUAGAGAUGUUGUGACUUUUAUUAAGAUAACCUCUAUGCAUAAACAGUACAAUUCGUAGGAAACUUUAAUUUCGAUAUUAUUUUAUAACCCUCUUUUUAUAUCAAUCCAAACGAGUAUGAAAAAGUAUUCUCGCUAAAACAUUUAUCUAUAAUGUUUACACAUGUCUCAUCCACUUACUAGAAUUAUUGGGGCUUUCGUUGGUUUAAAUUUUCGCUGUGAAACAGCUCUUACAGUUGCUGUUAGUGCUCGACCGCCU